AUGCCGUCGUCGCCCAACAAGAGGCGAAAAAUAGACGCCCCCGGCACCCCCCAGUCCGCUGUGAGCGCCAUAAGUGCACUGGCAGCCCGCCGGCGACUCACGGCGUCUGCGUCGGCCGACUCUUCCGCCCCGGCGGAAUCAGCCUCUCCCCAGGGCUCGUCCAACCCGUUUAGUCCGCUACAGCAGAAGCGUGAGCCCGUCAAGUCGGCCAAGAGGGCUGGCUCGAGGGUUCCAGCAGGCCAGCAAGGCCGUGACCAAGGAUCGAGCACGGAUCCUGAGACGGCCACAUCCAGGUCGACUUCUCGACCCGUCACUUAUUCCUCCUUCUCCCUGUCCAAGCACAAUCACCAUGUCAACGGCCAAGGCGUACUCAAGCUUAGGCUUGAAGAUGUCGAGCGCUUUCUUCUUGUUGGGAGUUUCGGAAUCCGCGUGUCCACAGGAGAGGUGACAGUCGCCGGCGCCUCGCUUCUGCCCUCGGACAAGAUAUACUGGGUUUAUGCGCCCCAUUGUCACGCGGUUCCCGUCUUGAGAACUGCAGAAAACACUCACGUUGAGCUGCACAAUGAUCCCGAGGCCGACAACCUGAGAAAGCUAGGCAGCCUGUCACCCUUAUUCCAAAGGCUGUGGAACCAAGCCGCAACGGCUGACGCGGAUAAAAAACGGGCAAAAGGUCCGUCAACCUUUCAACUGCUCGGGGACUCGGGAGACGUCCCCAGGGUGUCUAUUGUGCGAGAACUCGUCUGUCCUCCGAAGUGGAACAAGAAGCUGGCAUCCCUGGUAGAGUCCGUCUCUGGGCGGGAGCCCUUGUCCAUUAUAAUUUGCGGCCCCAAGUCGGCCGGAAAGUCGACAUUUUCCAAGCUCCUUACAAACCGACUGUUGACCACCACAAACGCAGGCCCGGACGGCUCAUUCCGGCCGAUUACAACGGGCGUGGCCGUCCUGGAUCUCGACCCGGGACAGCCAGAAUAUGCUCCACCAGGCACGGUGUCGCUCGUCCAUGUCACCCAGCCCAACCUGGGCGUGCCGUUUACGCACCCGAGUCUCGACGACGAAGCCGCCCAGGUGGUGAGGUGCCACGCGCUGGCCUCGGUCAACCCAGCCUCGACGACCGACCUCCACUUGGAGUGUGCUCUAGAUCUUUAUGGCUACUACCACCGCAAACUCCGCAACUGCCCCCUGGUAAUCAACACCCCUGGAUGGAUUCUCAGCUUGGGCUUGGAGCUUCUCGUCGAGAUAAUCGUCAAGGUACGCCCUGGCGAAGUUAUCUACAUGUCAGAAGAGGGGCCCGCAGAGACGGUUGAGGCCUUGCGCAACGCUACCAAGAACACGUUUACCUCAUUGCCGUCACAACCGUCCGAUUUAAAGUCGCGUACUGCUGCGCAUUUUCGAGAGAUGCAGACCAUGUCCUACUUUCACUCUUCGACAAGGCAUGGCUCCGAGGACAAGAGGCGACUGAGUUGGGUCCCUCACGCCCUUACGUAUGUACGUCCCUUGGUGGUGCGUUACGUGGGCCCAUCCUGCGGGUUUCUCGGCGUACUGCGAUACGACUCCCAGCUACCGCCGGACCUGAUGGGCGAGGCAAUCAACGGCAUGGUGCUUGCCAUUGUCGAGAUUGAGGAGCGCCAGGCGUUUCGACAAGGUUUCCAAGAGGCUACAUCUGGCUCCCUCGACUGUGACGGUGGCGCCACGCCUCAACCAUCCAUCUCUAGGACGCCCGAAGGCAUACCUUUUAUCCCCAACCCCGACGACCUAACCCUUGAUCCACGACACUCGCGCACAAUCGGUCUCGCCUUAGUGCGUGGUAUCGACACAGCCAACAAGUCGCUCCAGAUACUCACGCCGACGCCUCCUGAGAAGAUUAGCGAGGCAAGAGCCCGGGGAAGCAGCAUCGUCCUGGUACACGGCAAGUUCGACACGCCUUUUUGGUCGUACACAGAGCACCUGUAUGAGCAGUCCGGCCAGGGCGACGAGCCCGAGGGAGAAGUCGAGGUGACGGACGAAGACACCGACAAGAGCUCGGUCGACGAACCGGCCCAUGCCUUGGACGGGGGAGACGACACGGCCAUGCCGUGGGUGGAGGUUCUCAGGGGCAACCAGAAACGUCCAGUCGGUUCAAAGGUGUGGAGGGUGCGGCGAGACCUUGGCCGAAAUGCUGGUGGUGUCUAA